UCGGGCUCUCAGGAGAUGAGACGUUCAGGUUCGGUUUGAUUCGCCGGCGCGCGUCACGUCCAGAAGUCCUAAAAGUCCUAAAAGUCCGGUGGUCAGAGGGAACGGGAGAGGAGUUUGAAGAUGGACCCCGACAACCCCACCAGGACAUUCUGGGCGGUUUGGAACUAUAUAACCGGAGCUGUGAACAGAUUCUUCCGACCAGAGCUGACUAACAUCCCCGGCAACGACACAAACUCCACCCAGGAAACCUCCGUUGCCAGUGAGCCCGCUAACUUUAGUCCCGCAGAGGGCGAUGCCAGCGGAAGGGGGGGCGAUGGGGAACAGACUCUUGCGACAUCCCUUCUGCUGAGCUCGGCUAAGGCUGUUGUUGCCUGGGAACGUUGCACCACAGACAUCGACUUAGGAGGGGAUGAAGACGGCAUGCAAUGCAAAACGCAGCUGAGCGGAGGCAGUCAGAGAAAAGCAUCUGAGAAGAGUGAGGGCACGGGAGAGGAACAGUGCUCUCUCGUGGGAAAUGAAGACGCAGGGCUUCUGGUUGUAAAAGAAGACAAACGAGAAGAAAACCGAGAGAGAAAAUGUAGCACUGGCGGGAAAGAUGAGACGCAGGAUAAUGGUGCGAGUGAAGAACAAGCAAACACCAGGUCACUAAAACUCACGGGUGAUGCAAUAAGUGAAGACAUGGAGGAAAGUGGGAGAGAAGAGGAGGAGCCUACGAGGGACAUGCCACCGGAGGAUCCUCAACAAAUAGAUAAAACUAGGAGAAAUAUCCAAGUGAAGGAAGUAGAAAGUAAAAUGCAGCAUGAAGAUGAAAAGGAUUUACAACACGAAGACGUUGAGGUCAAAUCGUGUCCGGUCACAGAUUUGAGUGUCGAAGAAGAGGACGACGUCCACGUAGAAGAUGCAAAGAUGCAGAGGAACCAGGCAGAUUCAACGGUGACGCGUGAGGAAGUAGAAAAGCGUGAUGGUGUACCAGAGCUGGCCUGUCAAAAGGAGAACAACUCCGAUGAGGGGGCAAACCCAUUUGAAAAUGAGCUGCCAGUCUGUGGAGAGUUGUCCGAUAACGACAGAGACCCUGACUUUACCUCAGUGCAUGUUGAAUUACAAAUGGCCUACGAAAAAACAGCCUCUGAGGAUGAUUCAUCUCUUGUUGAGCAAGAGGAUGAUGAUGAUGUUGAGGAUGCAAAAGAGAAGGGUGUCGUCGUUGAGGAGGAAAAUGUGAAUGAGGACGCAACCAACAGGACAAUAGAUGAAGCGCCAGAGCAGGAGGACGCCAUCAAAGCGGUCGCAGGAAGAAGUCAAGAAGAAGACGUGGCUGAGGACGCUGAUGUGCAAACCAAGACGAGAGAGGUGGAUGAUGACAAGACAGAAAGCCAGAGCAUGGAGAUCGAUGAAAACACAUCUGGUGUGACCGCAACACACAUUUCAGUCGAUGAGGGACUUUCUGAUCAAGUCGAAGAAGAGAGGCUCUUCGGUGAAGUAGGCAAUGAAGAAAGGGUCGUGGAGGUAGCCGGUGCGAUGGCCUCAGUCGCGGUCACACCUGAAGGCCAGACUGGACAGGAAAUGCAUGGAGGAUUCAAAAUGAUUCCCCCGGGGAUAUGUGAAGGCCGGGUUGUUGUGUCGCAGGAGUUAAACUCUCCAACAUGUGAGGAAACACAAGAGGGAGUUCCUGAGUCCAACAAUGUGCCCGGGCCGGAUGAAAAUACAACACAACAGUUCCUGGUGGAAAGAGAUUGCCAGGUAAUCCAGGGCAGCAAAUUACCAGAAGAGGUGGAGAGCAAAGAGCCGGAGAGCCUUCAAAACAGCGGUGGUGGAACCGGUGCUGACUAUUUACUGGUGUCGGAGCAUAUGGAAGAGAACAGCGUUGGGGCUGGACUGCCUCGAGAAACAGAGAAACCAUUUGUUGAAGCAGUAACUCAAGAAUCAGGACAUUUAUUUGAAGGAGAGGAAGGAGAAUUACUGGUUGACUCGAUGAAGACGUGCAUGAAGGACUCAGAAAAGGAAUUUGAGUCGGACAUUAGGGCAACGGACGACAUCCUUAAGGCGGCGAAAGAGCCGCAAGACGGGUCAGAAGAUAGUUUGGUUGAUUGUGAAAUGGACGAAGGGUUACGUGAUUCCAAAGAAGCUGAUGCUGCUGGAAGUGACGGUGAGACGACAGGAGCUUUAACAGCAGAGGAAACCUUCCUCGAGGCUGAGGGACAGAAGAUGACGAAGACAAGCUUCUUUCAGGAAUCCAUCGAUGCCCCGAGCUCAGAGCAGACCCGCAACAUGACUCGUAGUUUACUGGAAGACGUACCUGAACGUGGAUUCCUGAAACCGUACGACGAGACUCAACCACUUGAAGAUGUAGACAUUCAAAUUUCAGGGUUCGAUGUGGAAGAAACAGGCUAUGAAGUAGAGGAGGCGGCAGCAGGAGAUGAAGAGCAGAGCAAAAAUGAGAUGGAGAAGUUACAUCUGCUGCGAGUAGAUUCUGAUUUGUCUCGACCAGUUGGGUCACUGGAGACGGGAAACCAACCGGCGGACGAAGCACUCGAGAGAAGCAAUGAGACGUUGACAGACUCUGAAGCCGCUGAUGAAUCAGAGACAGAUGAGUCCAAACCACGAGAUUUGACUUUGAUUUUAAGAGAAGAAGUGGCAAAGCUUGCGGCAGAGUCGGAGGGGAGUUGUGCAGAAGAAACCUUUUGCCCAUUCAGUGGAAGUCGGGAUGUCAUCGAUGGGGAAAUCCUCGACUUGUGGCUACAGACGGCUCCAGAUGGCACAAAACCACUCGGGCCGCCGGCUGGACGACAACUGGAGCCAUCCGAUGAGGAGCAUGGGGAAAUAUCAUCAGAGGAGGACGAAGAGCAGCUUGUGGAGUCAAACUCAAGGGAAUCUGAAUCGGUGAGUGACGCAGAAAUCUCUUCAUCAACAGUAGAGUCUGGAUUUUCGGACCAGUCUCUCAGUGAAUGGGGAACUAAAAACAGCGAAGCUCAGAUGCUCGUACCAACUAGCACUGGGUCAUCUCAAGGCAUAUAUGACACAUUAGCUCUUGUGUCUGAAUCAGCAGACCUUCCUGAAGCGUCUACCCAACAAGCUGACUCGGAAUCACACGACAUAUCGAUGGAGGAAGUAGUUGAGAGACGGCAAUCGUAUCUGAAAGAGGAGAAAUCGAUCGCCGAGACAGGAGUCCCAUCACCAGAACCCAGGCAUCUGACUCGAGAAUCAAAUAAACAAAAGGUCGAAUCGGUGGAGACGGAGCCUGGAUCACAGAAAGAGAUCGAUGCCGAGGGUUCCGACUGGAGAGGCGCUGAAGAAGCAGACGCUAAGUCCCUCACAGGAAUGAGCCCUUCGUUCAAAGUCGAGGAAACAGAAGCUGAAGACGAGCCUCUUGAGAUGACUCUGUCUGAAAUCCAGCUCACAGAAUCAGGAGGAUCUAGAUCCGGCUCCGAGGCGUUGUUCCAGGAUGAAAUGGUUUUGACCGAAUCCGAUUCACAAGGCAACGCCUGCCCUGAAUCGGAGAGGAAGUUUCCCUCAGUGGACGGACCACGGCCCGGGUGGUCCGAAGACGUUGCAUCACUACGAGAGCUGAACGCAGCUGACGUGGGAGGGCAGACAACGACACAGUCUGAGGAUCAGAAGGAGGUGGAAAGAUCUGCUCUUGACUUUACCGCGCAAAAGUCAAGAAUUUCUGUUAAAAACCCUCUAGUCAGGCCACCUAAAGACCCCCGCUCCCUUCUUCAAAUGCCCUCGUUGGAUCCCUCUCCACAUCUGUCUGCCAGAGUCCCUGCAGGUCGGCCUUUGGGCGGCUUGGGCUUUGGAGUAAAACUGCCUGGUCUUGGUGCAGGAUUUCCUGUUUUAAAAAAGACACAACGGGUGGCGAGAGAUGAAAAUAGUCCAGACACCCUCUCACAGGAGACAAAGCCAGAAGAGAGGAGUGACACUCACACCCAAGAUGAGGCACGACACAAACCUAAAUGGAUGCCACCAAGACAUCCAGGAUUUGGAAAUCCACUAAUGUCUGAGCUGAAGACCAAACUAAAGAAAACCACAAAAGAGUGUGAAGAAUUGUAAUGCUUUGUAUGAAUUUAAAUAUGUGAACAUUUAUUUGUGUUGUUGUGUGUAUUUAUGAAACUAAACACAGUGAUGAAUUGUCCAUUACGUCAAUUACUUGCCCUAUGUUUUGUAAUAAAGCUUAACUAACUAAAUAAAUGAUAAUUUUGUAUAUACCGUGCAAGAAGUGGGGACGAAAAAAGGAUGUAAUAAACUAUACGUCCACAUUGGAAACACUG